AAGAGGAUUAGGUUUUCCGCGGCGCCUCCUUUCCGCUGUCGCCUUCACGCAAGAAGACACUCCCUCUCUCUCUCUACCCACUCCUCUCUGCUUCUCGGGUUGCUAGGGUUGGUUCCAUGGCUCCAAACUAGGGUUUCAAGGCCUCCUCCUCCUCGCUUCCAAGACCUAGGGUUCCUAUCCUCUUAUCUAUUCCUUCCUGGCCAAUCGAAAUGGCGGCGGCGACGGCGAACCCCUUCGAUCUCCUCGGCGACUAUGACCAUGACGACCCCUCCACCCUUAUCGCCGCGCAGCAGAAGAAGGCGGCGGCGGCGGCGCCUCCUCGGGCCAAGAAGGCUCUACCCCCCGCCCAGCCCUCCACCAACUCGCUGGCCAAGCUGCCCUCCAAACCCCUUCCCCCAGCUGAAGCAGCGAGGGAGGCGAGAAGAGGACGGGGAGGUAGCCGGGCCGGUGGCGGCCGUGGAUCUGGCCGUGGACGCGGCGGAUUCAACGGUCGGGAUAAUUACGGGAGCGAUGAGAACGGGGUGCUCGAGAAUGGGUUCCGGAGGCGGUUCGGGGCGUCAGAGGAUGGAGAGGUGGAGAAGCCUUCGGGUGGCGGUUCUCGUAAUACUUAUCGCGGUGCCCGAGGGGGCCGUCCCCGGGGUUACCUUGAUGGUGAGCCAGAGGAGGGUGAAUGGCCUGCCAGGAGGCAGUUCGAUCGUCACAGUGGUACUGGACGUGGUAGUGGGAUCAAGCGCGAGGGCUCUGGCCGUGGGAACUGGGGGACUCCGACCGACCAAGGACAAGUGAAAAAACCAGAGGAGUUCAUAAAUUCAGUUAAUAUGUAUGCAAAAUUUGAAGAGAAGCCUGUAGGAGAGGAGGAUGGUGUGGCGGUUGACAAGGAGAAUGCACCGGGAGAGACUAAAGAGAAAGAGCCUGAAGAUAAGGAGAUGACUCUCGAUGAGUAUGAGAAAUUACUAGAAGAAAAGAGAAAAGCACUUCAGGCACUACAAAAAAUAGAGGAAAGGAAGGUGGAUGUCGACAAGGAGUUUGAAUUCAUGCAGCAACUCUCUGCCAAGAAAAACAACGAUGAUGUCUUUAUAAAACUGGGUUCGGAACGGGAAUCAGCCAGGAGAAGAGAUGCUGCUGACAGGGAAGAUUCAGCCAGGAGGCCUGCGAUCAUCAAUACCUUUCUGAGACCUGCGGAAGAAGCGAGGCACUAUAAUCCUGGAGGUCGAGGUCGUGGGCGUGGUGGUCGAGGUGCUAGAGGUGGAUUUGGCAGAACCGGCACAAUGAACACUCCACCUCCUUCCAUUGAAGACCCUGGGCAUUUUCCAACGUUGGGCGGCAAUUGAGAGGACUUAAUCUUCCCCCUGUUACUCUCUUUGGUGGGCACGGGAGCCACAGGUAAUUAGACAGUCAGUCUUUUGACUUCUUUGCUGUCCGUCUAUAAAAUGGACCAUGCUGCUUAUUCCUGGAUCCUGUAAUGGAUUUGUCCUCUCUUUUCGAUUUAACCUUGUCAAUGUGCAUCAAGGGGAAUAGAUGGUGCUUUGCUUGUUUAACCAUCUGUGAGAUACAUUAAUGGUGUUGUAUGAAUUUUCCAGUGGUGGUCGUUUCCCCAAGAUCCUUUUUGAUUUUGGGUGGAAAGAUUUGUUAAAUCCGUAGCAUUCUUCAUCAUGAUUGAAGCAUGGAAA